UGAAAUUUGAAGCAAAUGAAAACAUGGCGCCUUGAAAGAUUAACAGAAGUUGCAUUCUAGAUAAAAUUAUCGUAAUUUUAUUGUUUCCAUCCAAAAUGAAAGAAGCCUGUUGCAAAUGUAACUUACCGAAGGAAACCACAAACCCUCCUGCUGGGUCCGGAUCAGCAUCAUUCCGAUACAUUUGUCGAUUAUGUCUUAUGCGGGCUGAAGACACUGAACCAAUAUUCAUUCACCCUGGAGAUAAUACAAUGGCUUAUAAAAUUUUUGCAUGCACCGGCGUACAAGUCGAUGAGAAUGCGGCGAUAGGACCCACAUCAAUCUGUGUUUCAUGUAAAACAUCUAUAUAUAGAAGUUAUCAAUUUCUGGAAAUGUGUCAGCGUAACAAUAAGAUCAUACAAAAUCUGUUGAACAAUCAUGAAAAAUCGCUUCCUGAGCAUGAACCAAUUCGUUUAGUUAUUCGCACCGUCCCUGGACAAACAGAUCCAAGUCCAGCUAACAAAAGGAAACGCGCAAACUCGCGCAGAAAAUCGACACGAAGCAUGAUGGAGGCUUCAACGAGCGAAAGUGAUAUAUCGUGGAGUGAUUUCGAUGAACAAUGUGAUGAAGAUGCGGACGAAAAUAUUCCAGUUCGACAAGCUGCUUAUGAAACAGACACCCAAGAGUCACCGCAAAAUCGAGGACCAAGUAUUGGGGAAAGCAAAGUUCCUUCUUUAAUAAUUCCUCUCGCUCGUUUGAAUAAAGAUUCAUCGAUAAGAAACUCAAAUGGACGGAUAUCUCGCACUUCCACCGUUGGUUCUAUCGAUGAUAGUAAUCUAUUUCAAUGUGGAUUUUGCGAUGUGUCAUUCCCUUAUCGUAUUCAAAUAAGACAACACAUCGAUCUCUACCAUUCUGAGCAGAAACAUGAAUUAGAGUGUAAGUUUUGCACAAAAACAUUUCUCACAGCAGAAGAACUGAGCGAACAUUACAGACAUAAACACGCGAAACCUGAAACGUAUGAGUGUAAACGGUGUCAACGAUUCUUUACCUCAUUCAAUGGACUUCAACAGCACUACAAAUCAUUGAUGCAUAGGGCGGCCUGUGGGGAGGCUGUCUAUCCACGAAGACGAACAUCUUGCCAUAGCUUCACCAGCCCGGCACGAACACCAUCGAUAAACUCUGAUUAUGGCAGUGAUUAUCCGUCAAGUGGCAGUCGGCCAAGGCGGAAAUCAACUCAAUCUAGGAGUUUCAUCGAGGAUGAAUUUGAUCCUUUCGAGUAUGUGUGCUAUGACGAAAUACCCACAUAUAAAUGUGACUAUUGUGAUGCAUGUUUUGAUGAUAAACAAAGUCUUGCAAAGCACACCGAUGUUCGUCCUUGUCGAGUAGAGCUAGAACCACUCAAUCUCGAUCUGCUACUUGAGAAAAUAGACUUGGAUGAAUUACUUAGGCCACUGAACAAUAACAGCUCGGAUGUAAUUGUUGUGGAGCCAACGAUAGAAAUUGUUGACCUCACGUAACAUUCAUGAAUCGCUUCUAUAGAAAAAUGCAAUAAGUGUUCAAAUGAAAAAUGCAAGUGAUUGAUUAGCAGAACGAAAAACCAAAUUAUAAUUUUUUUUGCGCAAAUGCUAGCUGGAUGCUUAGUAGAGUACAUUAGAUUCCAAUAAGACAUUUUAUAUUUACAAAUUUAAGCAACGUUAUGAAUAAGUAUAUUUCCCACAGAAUUUUAAUUAUAAAAAUUUUUAUUGAAAUGACAGAAACAAAAUAAAAAAUUAUUUGAUA